GCAUUGCAACAUUGCGAAAUUGACGUUUCUUUAUUUUUAUCGAGAUUACAAUUUAUAUACAAGUGUUUGUAGAUUUUAUUAGUAUAAAAUCGCGAUCACUUUGCGAAAUGAUAACAAUAUUUGGCAGUGUAUCUUGUGAAGGUUAGGUUUAUUUGGUGACCUUAUUUGUAACCUCAUUGUAGUCAGUGACGGACAACAGAAAUAAUGUCCAUCUUUACAACGUACCUCUUCACCGAUUUGUUCGCUCUGCUGGCAACAGCGGCAGCCAUUGUCUACGCCUACUUCAAGUGGUCGUAUCAAUAUUGGAAAAGGAGGAACUUGAACUAUUUGGAGCCUAAGAUACCCUUCGGGAACUUCCCCAGUCCGGCGACAAGCGGAUUGUCCUCUGGAGAAUCUACAAUGCAAAUGUACAACGAUGCGAAGGCAAGAGGUUGGAAAUACAGUGGCACAUAUAUCAUGUCUACACCUACAUUCAUGGUGCUAGACUUGGAAUUGCUGAAGCGGGUGAUGACAAAAGACUUCAAUCAUUUCGUCGACAGAGGAAUUUAUACAAACGAAAAAGACGAUCCCGUAGGUUGUCAUCUGUUUGCUCUUGGGGGUUCAAAAUGGAGGAAUUUGAGGGCUAAACUGUCACCCACCUUUACGUCAGGAAAGAUGAAGAUGAUGUUCCAAACCAUGGCAGAUUGUGGCGUAAUCCUGGAGAAGUAUAUCCAGCAGAGCGUCGCCGAUAAGGAGGUGGUGAAUAUUAAGGACAUUUUGGGUCGUUUUUCCACCGACAUCAUCGGUUCUUGCGCGUUUGGGCUGGACUGCAACAGUUUCGAAGAGCCCAACUCCCCCUUCAGAGUGUACGGGAAGAAAGUUUUCCGACCCACCGCUUUGGAUCAGAUUAACAUCCUUAUUUCGUUCAGUUUUCCAAAUCUAGCCAGAAUCCUGGGUAUACGUAUAGUGAAGAAGGAUGUCUCUGAUUUCUUCAUAAAAGUUGUAGAGGACACCAUCUCGUACAGGGAGAAGAACAACGUCAGUCGCAACGAUUUCAUGCAGUUGCUCUUGGAGAUGAAAAAUAAAGAUGGCGAUGUCUCAGGUGAUGGUAACACCUUGACUACGCUGGAAAUAGUGGCGCAGAGCUUUGUGUUCUUCAUAGCAGGCUUCGAGACCAGUUCCACCACCAUGACGUUCGCGUUGUUUGAAUUGGCGAGACACCCCGAAAUCCAAGACAGAGUAAGGAAGGAGAUCUGUACGGUCCUUGCGAAGCACGACAACAAAAUCACUUACGACUCUGCGAACGAACUGGUUUACAUGAAGCAAGUAAUUGACGAAACUCUGCGAAUGUAUCCGCCCCUUCCAAUAUUGACGAGAAGAUGCGUCGAAGACUAUAAAGUACCAGGUGAAUAUUUCGUCGUAGAGAAGGGUACACCGAUCUUCAUACCUGUGGCUGGUAUCCACUACGACGAAGACUACUACGAAAACCCCACGAAGUUCGAUCCAGAUCGGUUUACUCCAGAAAAUAAGCAGUCCAGGCAUCCGUACGCCCAUAUACCUUUCGGGGAGGGACCCAGGAUAUGCAUCGGUGAACGAUUUGGAGUGUUGCAAACAAAGAUUGGACUGAUCUCUAUCCUGAAGGAUUUCAAGGUUUCCUUGAACGAGAAGACCAGACUGCCCUUAAAAUUGGAUCCAGAGUCACAAGUGACGGCGGCACUGGGGGAUAUUUGGCUGAACAUCGAGAAAAUGUAGAAGACGUAGCAAAUAUAUUAAUGCUCUUUACCGUAAUUCUUUUUUUGAUAGCUUGUAGUUUGUUGUAAUUAAUAUAGUUUUGUGUAUAAAAAGAAAUAUAACACGUAUUGUGUUCUUAA